UUGAACAGUAUAUCUAUUUGGAUUUUGGAGACGCGGGCGAGUCUUUACGCAUGCGUGUAACACAUUGUGCAAGCCCAACACAUAGAGUACUCAGCCGUAACAUGGUAUCUAAGAAAGAUAAUAAAGGAAAGGACGUUGUCGUAGAGACAGUCGACAGAACUGUCGGAUUGAGGGGAGCAAGGACCACCACACUGUUCAGGGUUGUCAACCCUGAACUCUUCAUCAAGCCUAAUAAACCAAUGAUGGCAUUCGGACUGAUUACAAUCACCUUGUGCGUCGGUUAUCUGGGCUACCUACACGCAACGAAAGAAAAUGACCAGCAUCUUUACGAAGCCAUUGACGGUGAAGGAGAGAGACUGAUGAGGAGGAAAGCUUCAAAGUGGGCGUGAAAGCGACCUAUUCUUGUGCUUGUAUAAAUUCGAAGAUGGCUGUAACGAUAAUGCACAUUAGUCUUCAUGUGGCUGACAUUGAAACUGGAACCGUACUGUACUUUUUGGGAUGUAUAAAGAGAAUAUAUUUUAUGUACUUGAAAUGUGUUUUUUA